AUGAAUGGCAGCCGAGUGCCCAAGCACCAGCAAAAGAACGGCAGUACAGUCCCCAGGACGGUACUUGGGGAGAGGGUAAAAGGGAGAAAGAAAAGAACGAGAUUAGAAAGAGGAGAAAGAAGGGGAAAGAGGAAGAAGAAGAGGAAGAAGAAGAAGAAGAAGAAGAAGAAGAAGAAGCAGCCGAGAAGUGACAACGGCAGGGGAGACAGAAAAGAGCAGGGCAGAGAGCACAGUGGAAAGGCGCGAGUACUAGGGACUCUACUAGUACAAGCAUGGGCAGGGGGAGGUUUCUUAUCCCGUAUCACUAUGCUUGUGCUGAAUGUCCAUCACCAGCUCAGAGGCAUUGUCACUGCUGCGCAAGUUGUGGGUUAA